AUGAACUGUGGUAGCAAAAUCGAGCAUGAAGCAUUUCUUGCUCACUGGCUGUCAAGGUUUGUCUUUCCAGUAUACGACUUGGAUACUAUAGGAAGGAAUGUUCUCCCCAUCGCAGUCCGUUUAGCUAGAGGUAUUAAACUUGCACUUGCACCUGCAGUUCUUGCUACUAUUUACAAAAAUUUGAGUUCACUAAAAGGGGCACUUGUUGCUUCAAGAAAAUUAGAAACUAGAAAAGGAAAGAACGUUUUUGAAGUUAAGCUUACGGCUCCAUUACAACUGAUUCAAGCUUGGGUUUGGGAGAGAUUUCUAGCACUACGUCCCAAGCCUAAUUCGACUAAACUUGGUGAGCCAAGAUUGGCUCGAUGGCAUGACUUAAAGAAAGUGGGAACCAUGAAUGUGUUAUUGGCUAUAGAUCGUGCUGCAAAAGAUUUUACUUGGCGCCCUUACAUGAGGGCUGAAAACAGCUCCUUGCCUCACAUGACUUACAAGGAAAAAGAAUAUUGGGUAUUGGUUGACUCCUGUUUGGGCGAUGAAUUUGAGGGGCUUGUUCGAUGCUUGAGAACGAGCGAGCUUGUUGGCCUAGAAGUAGGUUGCAUAGAGCAGUAUCUCCCACAUCGUGUGGCCAUGCAAUUUGGGAUGGAUCAAGAUGUUCCAGGUUGUGUAGCACGAGUUAAUGAGAGAACUGAUAUUGCUUGGAGUAAUUACACUAGGACAAUUGGAGAUGCCAUAUUGUAUAUACCAGCACGACUUUUUGAAUCAGAUGUCACAACUCGAUACAUGAAAUGGUGGAAGAAAUUAAGGUUUACUAGAAGUGGUAUGACUGAGACUCGUAAAGAAGGAAAAAGUACAUCCAGGGGUCCUAAAAUAGAAGAAAUGAAAGGCUUCUACAAAAUGAAAUCAGUGGAUGAUGCCCUUGCUUCUCCUUCCGGUUUACCUCCCAAGUCCAAUAGUAUGAAAGCAGGAGUUUCAGGCAUUAAGGAUAACAACACAGUACGUAAAAAGGAAGAGAUCAAUGGCAUUAGGUUGCCUCAAAAGGAUGCUCAAAGGAUUAGUUUAUCUUCUGCUAAUGAUGGAACUAUGGAUGAUUUUCAUGAACAUGGUAUUUCUGAGAAGUCAAAAAGAGAAGUAAUGGUAAUCAUAUCAGGGAAGAAAUCUGAUAAGGAUGGUACAACUAAAGCUGGUUCAGAAGUAAACGAUACUCCCAAGGGUUAUAGAAGAGAAGAAAUGGAAGGCUUCUUCAAAGUGGAAUCAGUGGAUGAUGUCCUUGCUCCUCCUCCCGAUUUUCCAACCAAGCCCAAUAGUAUGAAAGCAGGGGUUUCAGACACCAAGGAUAACAUAGUAGGUAAAUUUUUUAAGGAAGAGAGCGAUGGAAUGAGGUUGCUUCAAAAGGGUGCUCAAAGGAAGAAUACUUUAUCUUGUGCUAAUGAUGGAACCAAGGAUGAUUUUCAUGGACAUGGUAUUUCCGAGAUAUCAAAAAGAGAAGUAAUGGAAAUAAUAUCAGGGAAGAAAUCUGAUAAGGAUGGUUCAACUAAAGCUGGUUCAGAUGGAACGACUAUGUCCAAGGGUUCUAAAAGAGAAGAAAUGGAAGGCUUCUUCAAAAUGAAAUCAGUGGAAGAUGUCCUUGCUCCUCCUCCCGGUUUUCCUCCGAAGACCAAUAGUAUGAAAGCAGGGGUUUCAUGCAUCAAGGAUAACAGCAUAGUAGGUAAAAAUUUUAAGGAAGAGAGCAAUGGAAUUAGGUUGACUCAAAAGGAUGCUCAAAGGAAGAGUACUUCAUCUUGCACUAUUCAUGGAACAAAGGAUGAUUUUCAUGGACAUGAUAUUUCUGAGAGGUCAAAAAAUAAAGUAACGGAAAGUUUAUCAGGGAAGAAAUCCGUCAAGGUUGCCCUUGUUCCUCCUCCACCAGAUUUUAGUCCCAAGCGCACCAGGGUGGAAGCAGGGGAUUCAGGUUUUAAGGAUAAAGAAACAGGAGUUGAAAUGUUUGUAGUUGAGAGUGAUGUAAAUAGUCAACCUCAGGAUGAACCUGCAGAACCUGAACUUGAGAACGAAUGUGCAGGGCUCAAAAAAUCCUGGCUAGAUGCAGUAAAUUAUAGAAGUGAAGAACAUGCCGAAAGCUGCUGCCAGACAACCCUUGAGGCACCUGGAAUGGGACUUGAGGAGAGGAUCUGCACUAUUGAAAAAUUGUGUGCUUGGUUAAAAGCAGGAAAUUGCUGUCUUGGUGACAUUUAA